AUGGCGACUCUGCCUCAUCUCCACAUCGGAGACAUCGUUCUUAGAAUCUACACAAAUAUGGCCGACAAAGUGACAAACCAGAAACACUUUGUGGAUCAGCAUAAGGAGGAACUGAUCUAUGGUGUAUCUAAUGUGGAGGGCGUCCUAUCACAGCUGCUGCAGGACAAACUUCUCAUCUCCGAGGAGUAUGAAGCGGUGAGGACCAAAAGAAACAGGCCGGACAGAAUGCGCAAGCUCUUCUCUGUCACCCAGGACUGGUGCACCUCAAAGAAGGAGAAACUCUACCAAGCCCUUAAAAGCAACGAUCCGGCCGCUGUGUGCGAUAUGGAGCGAUCUCUGGGGGAAGGAUCCGACGAAGAAGUUGAGGAGUAUAUGGAAACAUACCGGGAGAAGGUGAAACACCACUUUGAGUUACUGAAAGAUAGAAACUCCCGCUUGGGUGAGAGCUUCGCUCUGAGGAGGAGAUACACCAAGCUGGUGCUUUUGGGGAAGUUUCGAGGUGAAGAGGAGAGGAAGCGGGAGUUAAGUUCUUCGGGGGAGGAGCAUCUCCAGAUAUUGAUGGACCGAUCCUCUGGGGAGUAUUCCCCGACCUCGAUCGAGGAACUCUUUGACCCCGACAAUAACGGCCUCGUUCCAAAGGCCGUCGUCCUACACGGGCCUACCGGCAUCGGGAAGUCCCUGACCGCCCACAAGAUCAGUUAUGACUGGGCCGUCGCCGAUCUCUAUAAAGACAAGUUCAGUUAUCUGUUUUAUAUCAGUUAUAAGGAAUUCGCCAAGAUCACCGGCAAAAUAAGUCUAGCUGGACUCGUAUCCAAAACCUGCAAACUUAAUUUCCCCGCCGAGGUCAUGAAGGACAUUCUGAGCCAGGGCGACCAACUGGGAUUCGUGAUUAACGGCUUUGACGAGGUGAAAUGGACUCUGAAGGACGAAAAGGACGUCUGUGAAGACCCGUGUAGGGAAACCCACAAAGAGGUCCUCCUGAGGAGUUUGCUGAAAGGGCGGCUUGUCAAGGGAGCUUCAUUAGUCAUCACCACCAGAUCCUUUGGGCUGGAAAAACUGCAGACGCUGUUGCCGGAUCCGCCACGACUUGUGGAAAUCGUCGGGUAUACGGGGGAAGCUCGCGACCGCUACAUCUGUACCUACUUUGAAAGGAAGGAGCCUGGGGAGAAGGCCGUUGCCAUAAUCAAGAAGAAGGAGGCUAUGUACACCAUGUGCUCUGUGCCGUUCAUGUGCUGGGUGGUCUCCACUGUGACCAGACAACAGAUUUCCAAGUACCCCUCCAAUUUUACAACGGACACCUCCAUGUUCCUGUAUUACUUCAAGGGUUUGCUGAUAUACCAUUGCAGGAAUGACUUGGUGAUCCCGUCCCUGAAGAAGAUCUGCGCAUUGGCCAACGAAGGGGUUCUGAGCCGGAAAGUCCUCUUUGAAGAAGAAGACCUAAGAAGACACAAAAUUUCCAUCUCUUGGAUGGAGUCCGUAUUCCUCUACGGCAACGUCUUCCAAGGCGACAUCGGCAAACGCACCUGCUACAGCUUUAUCCAUCGCAUCGUUCAGGACCUCCUGGCUGUGGUGUACUAUGCCCUGCCCGUGGAAGGAGAAAAGAAAACCAGCUCUGGACAGAGGGCGGUGAGAGAGAGCACUUACCUGCCAGAGAUCUGUAAAGGUCGAUCCCUAAAGGACCUGCUGGAGAAAGACCCCCAUUUGGCGCUCGCCGUCCGAUUCCUCUUCGGCCUCGUCAACCAGACGCAAAACAAAGACUUCACCAAGAGCUGCGGGUGUAGCCUGUCCUUCCAAGCCACCACUGCCAUGAUCGAGUGGCUUUUCGGGGGAGAAAUAUCGGAUUUCGAUACAGAACACCUGUAUCUCCUGUACGAGACGCGGGAUGAUGACUUCAUGCAGAGCGUGGUGUCCCGUGCCGUGGAUCUGAACUUCUCGCAGUGCCAAGAACCUGACGACUGGGUCUACCAGCUGGCGUUCUGCCUGAAGGCGUGCGCGGGCAGGAAGGUCACGUUGUCCGGGUACGUGCUGGAUCGGGAACACCUGUUGGUGUUAGUCCCUCUGCUGAAGAAGUGUCCGCAGGUCUGGUAA